CUCUUUAAUAUCAUAAAACGAGAACUAGUCCUCGCGAAAUAUUCUUCAGUUGAUUUCAAAGCUUCGAAGAAGAAGAAAGCCAGAAUAAGAAGAAACCACAAGUGAAGAAGCGGUCGUCUAACUAUGGCGAUAAAGAAUUUUUCAUUUUUUAUUAUCUUGGUCGUAGUUGUAGUAGUUGAUUGUGCUCCAAAGAGGCCGAAGAAAGGCGAGCCUCCCGUUCUUCAUACGGUUUAUGAUCAACAGCAAAAGGGAGACUAUAAUAUACAGUUGCAUUUGAAAGAUUUUCAGAUUAUUGCAGUCUUGGGCGAUGAUGUAAGCUUAGGGGAUUACGAUUACACCUACGACUAUUCAGAUUUCACAGUAAAACCUAGUAGCUCCAAACCAACUGAAGCACCUUCGACAGCUUCUCCAAGUGUUACAAUUUCAUCAUCAUCGAUACCGCCAUCUACUGCAAGUCAACCGAACAGCCCAAUAAGCAUUGUUUCCCAUACAGAAGAAUCAUCCAGUAAGCCGGAUGAAAAACCUAAUGUAGAAUUAAAUCUUGGUGGUUCUUCAGAGCAACCACUAUCAUCAAAUGAAUCAUCGGAAAAACCUAUUUCUACAGAAGAACCUGUAUCCACAAUCAAACCAAUCGUUGCAGAAAAUUCUACCUUUUCAGCAAUUCCCGUUUCAACAGAGCUAACAUUGGUGAAUAGCUCACCUGUGGUCGAAAAUGCAAUUUCUAACAGUUCUACAACUCAAAAAACCGCCAAAUUGGAUGAUUCACCUGGCAAAAUCAAAGUUCAGAUUAUCGAGACACCAAUACGGAUGAGCGUUGUACCUGGAGAAGAUGUUGAGCAAAACGAAACACUUCCACAAGGAGAAAUUCUUCAGUUGCGUAGGUGUGCCACAGGGUUUACCAGAGAUAAGAGGGGCAGAUGUAGACGAGUGAGACGACCUGCAAAUCUUCAACAAUCAAUACCAUUUGGAUUUAGCAGGUUUGCCAGUAAUCUUGCCACUAGACUCCGCCAGACCUCAGAAGACAGCUCCAUAUCUUCGUCUGAAUCGAAAGAAGAUUAAAAUCAAGGAAUAUCUAGGAAGUUUAUUUAUUUGAAAUUUAUUUAUUUAUUUUUAAAAUAUUUAUUUGUACAUGAAAACUCCAUCACUAUGCAGAUGCAGUUUGUUUUAAUUUUUUGUAAUUGUUUAUGUAUAUAUAAUACAUACAUAUAUAGGGUGUCCCAAAAGUAGCGGAACGGUCGAAUAUUUCGCGAACUAAACAUCGGAUCAAAAAACUGAAAAAUACGUAUUCAAUCAUUUUCAAAAAUCUAUCCAAUGAUAACAAACACCAAUCCCCACUACACCCCCUGGAGGUGGGGUGGGGGUAACUUUAAAAUCUCAAAUGGAAACCCCCAGUUUUUCUUGCAAAUUUGGAUUCGUUACGUAAAAGUAGGCAACUUUUAUUCAAGACAUUUUUUCGAACUGUGGAUAGAUGGCGCUAUAAUUGAGAAAAACCAUUUAUCCUGAUAACAUAGGUAAAUUAUAGAAACUGUCUAAUAUCUCACGAAAUACACUUCCAAAUGAGAAACCAAAAAACAGAUUUUUAAUCUUUUUCGAAAACCUA